CUCGCGGUGCGGCUGGUCCUCGGCGCCGUGUGGCUGCUCGGCGUGGCCUCCGCGUCCAAGGAGGUGACGGCGCACUUGGCCGCCAAGUGGCCGGAGACUCCGCUGCUGCUGGAGGCGAGCGAAUUUAUGGCAGAAGAAAGUAAUGAGAAAUUUUGGCAGUUUUUGGAAACUGUGAAAGAAUUAACAAUUUAUAAACAUGCAGAAUCCGAUUAUUCUUAUUAUAACUUAAUCCUGAAGAAAGCUGGACAAUUCCUAGACAAUUUGCACAUCAACCUCUUAAAGUUUGCUUUCUCUCUAAGAGCAUAUUCUCCAACUAUUCAGAUGUUUCAACAGAUUGCAGCUGAUGAGCCCCCACCAGAAGGCUGCAGUGCGUUUGUGGCGAUCCACGAGGAGCACACCUGCAAAAUCAGUGGCAUAAAAAAGCUUCUGAAAAAGGCUCGGAAGGCUAAGUCAAGGUCCAGGCCUUAUCUAUUUAAAGCUGAUCAUAUAUUUCCUACAAACAAAGAGAACUUACCAGUUGUUAUUCUGUAUGCAGAAAUUGGUACUAAAGGAUUUGGUAAAUUUCACAAAGUAUUAUCUAAAAAAGCUCAAAAUGAGGAAAUUAUGUAUGUUCUUCGACAUUACAUCCAGGCCGGGCUUUUUGUGUCUCUCUUUCUGGUGUCUAGACUGAAAGGCAGCAGGCAUCAUUCUAUGAAUGCAUCUGAUGUAGAAGAUAAGACUGAAGCAGGUGAAAUUCAAGGAUUUCUCUUUGGGAAGUUAAAAGAAAUACACUCAGAUCUUAAAGAUAAUCUGACAACAUUCCGAAAAUACUUGAUUGAGAGUAGCAAAGAAUUGAUGCCUUUGAAAGUCUGGGAGCUACAAGAUCUUAGUUUUCAAGCAGCUUCUCAAAUAAUGUCCACUCCAGUUUAUGACGCCAUAAAAUUAAUGAAAGACAUUUCACAGAACUACCCUGUAAAAGCCAGAUCACUGUCCAGAAUUGCUGUAAAUAAACAAAUGAGGGAGGAAAUACAGGAAAAUCAGAAGCAUCUUCAAGAUCGAUUUGAUAUAAGGCCAGGUGACACUCGUCUGUAUAUAAAUGGAAUUCAUAUCGACAUUGAGGGAUCUGAUCCUUUUAGCAUGUUGGAUAUGCUGAAAUUAGAAGGAAAGCUGAUGAAUGGCCUACAGAACCUUGGGAUUAAUGGAGACGAUAUAAGCAAAUUUUUAAAGCUGAAUUCACAACUAUGGGAAUACACUUAUGCACUAGACAUUCGACAUUCCUCUAUCAAGUGGAUUAAUGACCUGGAGAAUGAUGAUGUGUAUAUCACGUGGCCUACAAGUUGCCAGGAACUUCUGAGGGCAACAUUCUCUGGAAACAUACCUUUUAUAAGGCGGAAUUUUCAUAAUUUGGUUCUGUUUAUUGAUCCUGCUCAAGAAUAUGCUUCGGAUUUUAUAAGACUGGGUUUAUUAUUACAUUAUAAUAAAAUUCCUCUCAGAAUUGGUUAUGUGUUCAUUCUCAAUACAGAUGAUGAGGUGGAUGGAAUGAAGGAUGCGGGAGUUGCUCUUUGGCGAGCUUUCACCUUCAUGACAAAGGAAGCUGAUGUCUUGCAAGCAUUUAUGAACAUAGCACAUAUGUAUCUAAACCUGCAAGAUCAGAAUAUACUCACUGUGGACAUUGUGAAGAAUGGUCUCCAGGAUUACUUUCCUCAUGCUAACCUUGGGGAUAUUUUGGGAAUUCACUCUAAAUAUGAUCAAGAAAGAAAAGCAGGAGCAAGCUUUUAUAAGAUGUCUGGUUUGGGUCCUUUGCCUCAAGCUCUUUACAAUGGUGAACCCUUACGACCUGAAGAAAUGCAUGUUAAAGAGAUAGAAACGGCCGUCUUCCGAAGAAUGAUGGACACAAAUGCAUAUUUACAAAGGGAGGUUUAUAUGGACAGAUUAAAUGAUCAUACAAAUGUAAUUGAUUUCCUCAUGGAUAAGAGUACUGUCGUACCUCGUAUCAAUUCUUUGAUUUUACACACAAAGCCGCAGUACCUUAAUUUCAUACCUACAUCAGUAACUGCUGACAUUGAGGAUUUCGCUACAUUUUCUUUCUUGGAUUCACAAGAUAAGACUGUUGUAAUUGCCAAGAACAUGCAUUAUUUAACCCAAGGAGAUGCUGUAAUUUCUCCAGUGACUCUCUGGAUUAUUGCUGAUUUUGACAAGCCGUCUGGAAGAAAGCUGCUUCAUAACGCAUUAAAGCACAUGAAAAGAAGUGUUGCUAGUCGGUUUGGAGUUAUUUAUAAUCCUACAUCAAAAGUCACCGAAGACAAUACAAUUAUUUCUAGAGGAAUUUUGACAGCUUUUCUUACACAGAAAAACAAGAAUCUAAAAAGUUUUCUCAGGAAACUGACGACGGAAGAAAUUGCCACAGCUCUUCACUCUGGAGAAAAAAUCAAAACAUUCCUCACUGAGGAAAUGGAUCAGAAAACCUUUGAAAAAAAAUACAAUACCGUUGGAGUGAAUAUAUUCCGAACUCAUCAGUUGUUCUGUCAGAACGUCCUUAAAUUGAGUCCUGGGGAAAUAGGUGUUGUCAGCAAUGGAAAAUUCUUAGGACCUUUAGAUGAAGCUUUGUAUGUGGAAGAUUUUUACUUGUUGGAAAAGAUAACUUAUACUAGUUUAGUAGAGAAGAUUAAAGACAUUGUUAAAAAUAUGGAAACCAACUCACAGAACAUGAGUGACCUCAUUAUGAAAGUCGACGCCCUUAUUUCCUCUUUGCCUGAACGUGUAUCUCAGUACGAUGUCACAUUUCCUAAAGAGAAUCACAGUGUUAUAAAGAUAAAUCCGAAAGAAAAUGAUACGUUCUUUGACGUGGUUGCUGUUGCUGACCCCCUGACGAGAGAAACACAGAAAAUGGCCCAGCUUUUAGUUGUACUUGACAAAAUAAUCAACAUGAAGGUCAAGUUGUUCAUGAACUGUAGGGGGAAGCUUUCAGAAGCCCCUUUAAAGAGCUUUUAUCGCUUUGUUUUGGAGCCAGAACUGAUGCGAGGGACUGGUGGCAUUAAUUCCCUUGGACCAGCGGCAAGAUUUCUGGAUAUCCCCGAGACACCCCUUCUAACCCUGAACAUGAUUACUCCCGAAGGGUGGUUGGUGGAAACAGUGCAUAGUAACUGUGACCUCGAUAAUAUUCACUUAAAGGACAUUGAGAGGAUGGUCACAGCCGAAUAUGAGCUGGAGUAUCUGUUACUCGAAGGCCACUGCUUUGACGUAGCGACUGAACAGCCUCCUCGAGGGCUGCAGUUCACACUCGGCACGAAAACCAGACCUGUGCUGGUUGACACAAUAGUGAUGGCCAACCUUGGAUACUUUCAAUUAAAAGCAAACCCAGGUGCUUGGAUACUGAAAUUACGCCAAGGAAAAUCUGAAGACAUUUAUCAAAUAGUUGGGCAUGAAGGAACAGAUUCUGGAAGAAAUGUCAGCAAUGCUGUUGUUCUGUUAAACAGCUUCAAAAGCAAGAUACUGGAAAUAAAGGUUCAGAAAAAGCCCGACAAAAUUAAGGAGGAUGUCCUUGCCGAUAAAGACGAAAAAAAGAAAGGAAUGUGGCACUCCAUUAAAAGUUUCACGAUGAAGUUGAUUAAAGAUGAUGGAGAAGCUGAUGUCCUGAACAUUUUUUCAGUUGCUUCUGGCCAUUUGUAUGAACGCUUUUUAAGAAUUAUGAUGCUUUCUGUUCUACGUCACACCAAAACACCAGUGAAAUUCUGGUUUCUGAAAAAUUAUCUGUCUCCCACAUUUAAAGAAGUAAUCCCUUACAUGGCUGAGAAGUAUGGAUUCCAGUACGAGCUAAUUCAGUAUAGGUGGCCCCGCUGGCUUCAUCAGCAGACUGAAAAGCAAAGGAUAAUUUGGGGUUACAAAAUUCUGUUUCUUGACGUCCUUUUUCCUCUAGCUGUGAACAAAAUUAUUUUUGUGGAUGCUGACCAGAUUGUGAGACAUGACCUGAAAGAACUUCGAGACUUGGAUCUGGGCGGGGCCCCCUAUGGGUAUACGCCGUUCUGUGACAGCCGCACGGACAUGGAUGGGUACCGAUUUUGGAAAACAGGGUACUGGGCAUCACAUCUUUCCAAAAGGAAGUACCACAUCAGCGCCUUAUAUGUAGUGGAUCUCAAGAAGUUCAGGAAAAUCGCAGCAGGUGACAGGCUCAGGGGCCGGUACCAAACCCUCAGUCAGGAUCCAAACAGCCUUUCAAACCUAGAUCAGGAUCUCCCCAAUAAUAUGAUUUACCAAGUUGCCAUUAAGUCUCUUCCUCAAGACUGGCUAUGGUGUGAAACCUGGUGUGAUGAUGAAUCCAAACAGAGAGCCAAAACAAUUGAUCUGUGCAAUAACCCCAAAACAAAGGAGCCAAAACUAAAAGCAGCUACCAGGAUUAUCCCCGAAUGGGUGGAGUACGACCGUGAGAUACAACAGCUGUUAGAAGACAUUAAAAACGAGAAGAAGAAUGCAUCUUAUGAAGAUUAA